ACCAUCAUCGUCCGCCCUGCACGCCAGUCGUCGCCGCCCUCGACGACGAUGCCGACCGUCCCGGACAGACAGGCGCUGGAAACCAUGAAGAGGGCCGAUCUCCAGCGUCUCUGCAAGGACCACGGCCUCAGAGCGAACCUGAAGAGUGAAGCGCUCAUCGACUUAUUACUUGAGGAGCCCAUUAACCCGACACUGCAACCUCCUCAACUACUGCCUGCACCUUCGCAACGCCCUCCCUCUAGUCGCAAUGUCACUCGCACAGUUGCCCCACGACCCCGCCAGCAAUCGACAUCUUCUAUGAUCAUCCACUCUGACAGCGAAGACGACGAAGAACCACCACUGGGGUCGCAGCCGGCACUCGCUCCCCAACCUGUAGCUGGUCCUAGUACACGAACGCGGAAGGCGAAGGAUACGCAACUUCGAUUAGGCAUGGGAAGGCCAGUCUUGGCUGGUGGAGAAGGUGCAAGAGCUGUUACCAAACCCGUUAGUGCUUCCAAGAGUAAGAGAGGGAAAGUCAGUAGGACUAUCAAGCCGGCCGAAGAUACAAUACCGGAAGAAGUUCCCAUGAUUGUAGAUGACGCUGCAGAUGCCACACCAGUCGCAUUGUCGCCUUUGGAAUCGGCGAUAAGCAGGGAUGCUGUUAAUGCCCUGAUUCUGGAACAGACGAAACCGCUGCGUGAUACCAUCACUCACUUACAAGAACAGCUACAGCAACAGUCUAUGGCUUAUUCGAAUGAAGUUGGUUCGCUGCAGCGUAGGCUUGAUAGUCUAGCCGGUGAUUUAUUGGAAGCACGACGAGGGGCAGAGACAAUGCAGCAAAUUGGCGACACAAUGCGUCGGCUACAAGCUGAAUUCGCUCAGCUGCAAACGACUAGCAGGGCUAACUCUCCCGUUCGUCAAUCAAUGGCGCCGAGUAGCCCUCAGCUUUGGGCCGAAUCUGGCUUUCCGAUACAACCUGCAAGUUCGUCGCCUGUACAGACCCCAAAUACUCCGACUACGGCUCACCAUCUCCCUCGCGCGAGCUCUGUCUUCGAAUACUCACCAGUCCCUGCACGUUCGCCAACCAAGGCAGCCACUUCACAAGCACAUCUGGGGAAAAGACAUCGAGAAGCUGAUACAAAUAACAUCAUGGGUGUCGUCAGUGCUGCAGAAGCAGACAGUUUGCCAGAGGAAGAUUUGAGAAAGAUGGUUGUACGUCCUGAUAGGAAACGUAUCAGAACGAGCGAGGAAUACCAUCGGAGCGACAUCUUUGCACGGGCAGUGUUGGCUGGUCCUUCUCUUCAGGACAACGACGACGACCCCAGUUUUGUUCACUCGACGCCACCACCACAACGUCACGCACGGUUUACUGUGUUUACUGGACCGGAGGAGUCCAUUCCACAACCAGCACUCGAGGGCGAUAUAUUCACUGAUCGCGAUUUCGACUUCUUUGACUCUACGCCGCAGAUCCCAACGCGACCUACUGGAGCACACGUACCAGUCACCAGUACAGCUAACGCCGCCGAGAACCAGGACCCUUUCAAGUUCGGACACCCGGUGACUGGGCACAUACCAAUGACUUCCACGCCCGCUGGUUCAGGGAACGGGCCAGCUAUGGAUGACUCUCCGUUCCCGAAUCACCUUCCGUUCCCUCCCCAGCGGCCACAAUCUCCUAGUCCAGCCCCUUCACGCAUUCUACGAGGUGGAAGAAUAGAACGUAACGACCGUUUCCAUCCCUUUGGUAGCCCACCUCGUUCGAGUAGUCGAGCGCUGUCUGGCUCCACCACUGCAACGCACGACUCGACUACAUCUGCCCUCAGUCCUUCUGCAAUAUUACGUACGCCACCAGCAAUGACAUUACCCGACCUCGUCGAUGUGGGACCAGACGGGCAGCCCAUGCCUGUGGGAGUUGGUGAGCAUGGAGAGAGAAGAAAGGCAUCGAGUAAUGAUGUCGGUGCUGGGCUGGGGAUGACAACCAUUCCGGAGAUGCCUGCGGUGCCUGCUGCGAGGACAAUGUACGGAACCGAGUUGCAGGCUGACACGCGGUUUGGGGACUUCGGCGUCGAGGGUGUGGCUUCUGGUUAUUGGAUCAAUCCAAGAGGAUGAAGGGUGGAAAUGGGUCAUUUUGUUGGUUAAUCCUGUCAAACACACUUUUGGUCCGUCUUUCAAUUUGUUUGAGCAUCCAUUUCAUGCUGUGCAUAGUCUAUUAUUCGCUAUCGUCGCAACCGUCAACGAACGGUGAUCCGACGCCAUUGGUUUUCGGAAGGUUUGCAUUGGUUAACGCCACCUUACAUUACUUGAUUUUAUCAUUUUAGCUCCUGAGACUACCUCCCAACUACGUAGUUCAGAACAGCUAAUUAACUCUUGUAUACGCUCUCUUUACUCCUGUGUAUCCCUGCGCUUCGGUUAUAUCCAUCCUCCCCGCUCUUCACUGAGCAGCUCGCAUAUGUACGGCUCGCCGCAAUCUUGUUUAUUUUCUGAGCUAUGAUUCACGAGUGUACGAGUGUUCGGGCUGGUCACGGUACCACGAUUUCACGUUUGGGCUGCCGGUGCAGCGCACGCAACUACUACUAGUACUACUGUACUCGCGUUUCCUUACUUUACGACGGUUCGGACGAAUGUAGGUUCGUUUCCCUGCCCAUUGCCACUUCGU